AUGACAAACCUGAAGUCCUCCCUCUCUCAGUAUGAUCAGUUGAUAGGAGGAUUGAGCAGUGGACUAGUAAGUACCGCGGUUUGUCAUCCUUUGGAUUUACUGAAAACGCGGUUUUCGGCAAAUGAUGGGACGUCUCUUAGACCAACAUAUAGAAGUUACUGGCAUGCUACACAUUGUAUUGUUAAAGCUUCAGGCUUUAGAGGGAUGUACCAAGGCUUCACUCCGAAUAUGGUUGGAGCAACGUUGUCUUGGGGACUGUAUUUUCACUGGUAUCAUAAAAUUCGUGACUUAUUUCCCGCAGCUUCCAAUUACCAAAAUACCAUAAAUUUCUCUUCGGGGAUGAUCUCAGGAACUUGCGUUAUGCUUUUCACUAACCCAAUAUGGGUAACCAAGACAAGGUUGUUUCUUCAAUAUGAGAAUGUUAACACCACUAAGCGUUAUAAGGGGAUGGUGGACUGCUUGUUCAAGAUAGCUAGAGAAGAGGGAAUCAGAGGAUUGUAUAGGGGAUUUCUGAUCGGAGUGAUUGGAACAACACAUGGCGCACUUCAGUUCAUGAUUUAUAACUUUAUGAAAGAUGAGAUUUGCAAAUCAAAAGGAAUGGUUCAAGACUCGCAACUGAGCAACUUUGAAACUACAUAUUGUUCUAUUGUUUCGAAGGUCAUAGCCACUACAGCCAUUUUCCCCUAUCAAGUCCUUCGUACUAGAGUGCAGGAUCAUAAUGUUAAUAACGUGAAUGUACUCCAAACAUCAAAGAAUAUCAUAGGCAAAGAAGGUUUGAAAGGCUUUUAUAAAGGUUGUCUGAUGGCCAACAUACGCCUUCUGCCUGCUGCUGUUGUUACUUUCCUGACUUAUGAAAAUGUCAGGCAUUACGUUAAAUCGUUAGAGAACGCUUAG